AUGAGGACCGGGCGAGUCAGGCUCGGUCCCUUGCAGCCGGCAGCAGCAGGCCCCACGCGAGGCCCCACGAGGGCUGGAGGUCCCGGCGGCCCGGCCGGCGCCUCGGCCCCGCGCCCCGGGGCGCCCCGCCACCCCCGCCCCCAGUUGGCCGGGCCGGGGGCGCGGGCGGGGCGCGGGCGGCGCCGCCGGGCGCGGGUCCCGCUCCGGCCUAGACCGGGCCGGGGGCUCGGCCGCCCGCCGCCCGGGGCCGGGGGUCCCCGCCCAGCCCCCUCCCGCCGCAUCACAACAAAAGGCCGCGCCGGCGGGGCCGCGGCUCGGCGGGGGCGCGGGCCGCGGCCGGGGGCUCGGCGGGCGGCCGGGGCGCUCACCUGGGCCGCGGCGCGCGGCGACAGCCUGGAGGCGCAGCCCGCGCGGCCAGCGGGUCGGCAGACGCGGCCUGGCCGCUCCGGCUCCCGGGCCGGAAUGGAUUCCGGGCCGGAGCGACGGAGCGAGAGAGAAAGGAGGAGGCGGCGGCCCGCGGGCGGGAGCGAGGGGCGGAGCGGCGGAGGAGGGGCGGCCGCGGCCCAGCCGCCCGCGUCCCCGCCGCUGCCCCCGCGGACCGCGCCGGCCCGGGUCCCAGGCCCCGCCCCGCCGCCCCCGGCCCAGGUGCCCCCGCGGCCGGUCCGCCCACCCGGCCCGCCUCUCCCGCCGUGGGCGCCCUCCUCCUGCCCGGCCCGGCGAGCGGCUGCGCUCCUUUUCAGGGUCCGACCCGCACACCACCUGGGCUGGGUGGCCCGCGGUGCCCCAUUUCACAGCUGCAGCCUGGAGGUCCGCGUCCACUGUCCUGCCGAGGAGCGGGCUGAGCCGGUGCUGCUGCAGCGAAGAAGGCUUGGCACUUCUGGACCCCGUGGGGCAGGAAGAAUAGCAAGAACUAGGGACACUGAGGAGACCAGCUUUCCGCCGUGAAGACUCUCCACCAUCCUGUGACUCAAGUGCCAGGGCUGCCCUAUUGGGGGUGGACACCCCACCCUUGGCUCCUUACCUGUCCUCCUGGAAUCAUGGCACCGGGAUCUGGUUUAAAUGACCACCACCUGCUUCCCUUCUGUUUCACAGGUGGGAGGCUAGGCCGCUGGGCUUCCCUGGACAGAGGCCCCUGAUGAGAGAAUCUGGGAGGGGCAUCCUCGGAAGUGAGAGGCCAAAGCCUCAGGGCGCAGUAGAGCUUCCAGGAGAGCAGGAAUGAGCAGGGCCUGGAGCCUGCCUGGUCUGGGUUCACCAGCAGGCGAGUCACCGCGGCUGGGCCUGUACACGUCCACCCGCUUCCCCAGUCCAGUCCCCUCUCCCAUCAAACUGAAGUGAACACUGAAGGAUAAGGAUUUCAGCUGCUUUCAAACAUGGCCACAAAAAAAAAAAAAAAAAAAAAAAAAAAUUUCUGGGAAAGCUACACUGACAAGUGUCAGUGAAGGCCACCAGGUUUGUGCCCAAAGAAUGGUGCCUCGUGUGGAGAUCAACUGAGGCCAGAGGGGGAAGGGACUGCUCAAGAUCUCUCCAUGAAAAUCAGCAGCACAACCAGUGUCACAGGCCCGACCAGGCUGCUGAAAUGGUGCACUUGUUUGCAAGGCUGGCUUAAAGAUUAACCGCAGCUUCCCAGGGCCGGGCGGGCCGGCUGGAGGAGCAGGUUCCUCGGCCUCCUUCACUCCUGAGACACAUCUACUGGCCUUCCUUGGCCACGCUGGCUGGGGUGGGGGAGGAUAUCCUUCCGGCUGACGUGCCGGAGCUGACUCUUACCAACUUGCAGGAACCGAUUGUGUUCUUCCCAGUGCCAUCUUCAGUGGUGUCACAUCAUUUACACCUUGGAAAUCAGCAAAGGCUACAAAUCAAGCCUUCGUUUUCCUUUCAGAGAACGUGUUGUUAAAUAUUUGCCAGCAUAUUACUAGCUUCGCCCCCAAACAUUAGAAAGUUCUGGACUUUUCUAGAGUUAGGAUAAUAAAGAACUUAAAAACAUAAGACUUUGAACCCACAGACCUGGGUUCAAGUCGAUUCUACCACUCCCUGGAUGUGUGACGUAGAGCAUGCAGUUCUCAGAGUCUCAGUAUGCUCAUCUGCAAAAUGGGCCAAGACAGCACGUACCUCAGAAGGCUCGCGUGAGGAGGACGUGAGUUGGGGGACAUUCAGCAGUUCUCACUGUUUCUGGCCCUGCACAGUCACAGGAGAGGGCAGCAUGGACACGCAUCUGCAGGCACAGAUGCAGCCUGCCACCUGGAGCCUCUGCUGACUUGGAGGGCCCUGCACAGCGGCUGAGGUCCUCAGAAGGAUGUGGCCAGCACAAUGGUUUCAUUAUCGAGCGGUGGAAGUACUCUUUAUUUUUAACCACCCCUCUGGGCCUCUGCUUAGGCUGUAACCCCCGCCAAGAAUGCCCGCCCCGUGGCCAGUUUCCCACCCUCCCCAUCCUUCGAGGUCCCGAGUAAAUGCCACCCCUGCUAGGACAUGUUUCCUGACACACCCUGAUGGAGGCACAUCCCAAGUCCAUUCUGGGUGUGUCUGUCCCCACCCUGAGAGCAGAGACCAUGGCCUGGCUCAUGCCCAGCACAGAGCAGGCACUGACCAGGGAGCGAGAACUGACUUGAAAUCCACAGCCGAAAGUUCAAAUUCUAAUUCUUCCCUUCACUGAUGUGUGACCUGCCUUCUUGGGGCCUCAGUUUACUCAGCAGUAAAAUGGGGGUAAAAUCCCACCCACCUUCCAGGAUUAUGCGUAUGGGAGACUUGCUGGUCUAACCUGGGGGGCAAGUGGUUCUGUGUACAUUAUUUUACUUAAAACUUUAGUUUUUAGUAAAACAGCAACUCAUCGCUUAAUACCUGCAAAUCAUCCACCAUUUUUAAUGAAAAGGACUGGCCCUGGAACAACAAUAGGGACCAUCUCCCAACCCAAAGUACCAGUAGGUGGUAGAUGCUAUUUAUUUAUAUAUGUAUGUAUUCAAAAUG